CAUACGGUGGUAGCCUUGGUAUCCAAUAGCACUGAUCUUAUUGUGGUUUCCUUCAAAGUGAACGAAUUGCAAGCAAUUCUUGAGGAUCUGAUAUUGCGUUUCUGAACUAAUUCAUUUACUUCCUACUGAAAUCCUUGUUGCGUUGUAAUCCCUUGUUGCGAAAACAUCAUGUCGUAAGUGCCAUGAUCCCUUGGAAACUGGACGGAAUUAUCUAGUCGAUGGUUAUCUGAUGCACCAAUGUCACAGUAACGGAUCUAGAGAUAAUGAAGCACCUCAUUGGAUAACCGAUGAAAUGUAAUGUCCUCUUUAUCUUCUGCCCUGUCCUGUAUCACUUUGACUAACUCAUUGGCUAUCUUCUCUUCACCCCCCGAAUUGCUCCAUUGCGCUUCAGGGGCAAAAAGUUUUUCCGGAUGGGCAAGCAGCUCUAUCGUCCACCCGUGGAAGACGACGAGGACGAGGAUGUAGACGAAGAUAGCGAAGAUGAAUCGUCCGACGACGACGAGGACACCAAGCCUGCUUCGGCGUCGAAAGCAUCCGCAAACGCGAAUCUGAGCGAUUCGGACGAUGACGACGACGAUGACGAAGAGGAGGACGAGGAAAGCGAGGACGAGGAAGAGACCAAGAAGCGGCGACGAUCAGCUUCAAAAGGAAGCAGCAAACGACCCAAAGUAUCUUCCUUUAUCGACGAGGAAGCAGAAGACGACGACGAUGAAGAAGACGACGAAGUAAGUACAUCUUGUUUAGGCCUGUUGCGCAUUCCAUUGAAUGAUUGCAAGUAGACCGUCUAAACGGGAUUGAAAGCGUUGAAAACCUGCUCUAACGAGAUCUUUUGGACCGCCUUUAUCAAAAUCACGACCACACGAUGCACAAUCAACAACAGCCUUAUGGAACCCAUCACGACCCAGAUGAUGUGGUUAGAAAGCACUACACCGAAGAAGAUAUCCGAAAGGAACAGAUGGACGACGAAGCUCUAGAACUAAUGAGGCAGCAGGAUCGUCGUCGUGCCCAGGCUGGAGGCCGCUACGUACACGAGCGAUCGGUUGAGGAAAUGGCACAGGAGAUCGAGGAUCGCCACCGCCUAUCCCGGACGGCUGCCGAUCGACGCAGUCUCAGCAGCCACCAGCGACGGGAGCCUUCCUCCACUAAAAUGAGCUCGUCGAGACCCGGGGCGUCGAGCAGUGCUAGGCGCCACCAUUCUUCCGUCUCGGACGAUAGGCCUGGCGGUCCAGAGGCCACCAACGCGGUUUCACAGCAAUCGUUGGUUCCAUCCGUUAAUGACCCGAGCCUGUGGAUGAUAUCCUGUAGCACGGGAAAAGAGCAGGAACUUGUAUUGCAACUGAUGAACAAAUGCGUUGCGUAUGCCCGGCAAGGUAGACCUCUGGGAAUUUGUGGAGUUAUUUCCGGACAAUCGAAGGGGAGGAUUUACAUCGAAAGUUUUAACGAGCCAGCUGUUGUCGAGGCCAUCACGGGAGUUCGAGGUCUGUUGCAGUAUACAAUGAGAUUGAUCCCGAUCCAAGAUAUGACAACCGUCAUGACUGUUGUUCCAAAGAAAAAACCCGGUGAGUUUAUGUGACUGAAUAUAAUUGAAGGAAGAACGAAACAUUAUAGGCAUCGUGACUGCAUCAUUGAUUAUCGAGCUGACACCAUAGUUUUAUAAAAAACUCUUGCGUCA